AUGAGCGACGCAGACUCGCUGUCGUGCUCCCUGACCCUGGAGAGCGACGAAUACGACGAGGAGGAGUAUGACACGAAUUUGAGCAAGCUACUGGACAAUAAGACCCUGAACUGGAUCUUCGUGGGGGGAAAGGGAGGCGUGGGGAAAACCACCACAUCCUGCUCAAUAGCGGUACAGCUAGCCAAAAGAAGGGAGUCCGUUCUACUUCUAUCCACAGAUCCAGCACACAACACAAGUGAUGCCUUUAACCAAAAGUUUACCAAUCAACCAACCCUCAUAAACUCCUUCGAUAAUUUAUAUUGCAUGGAAAUAGACACCACGUACUCGGAAAACACAGCAUUCAAAUUAAAUAAGACAGAAUUCUUUGACAAUAUAAUUCCGGAGCUGCUCCAAAGCUUCCCAGGAAUUGACGAAGCUUUAUGUUUCGCCGAGCUAAUGCAAUCCAUAAAGAAUAUGAAGUACUCAGUUAUCGUCUUCGACACAGCCCCUACGGGACAUACUCUGCGACUGUUGGCAUUUCCAGAGUUAUUGAAAAAAGCAUUAGGCUAUCUGAUCAGCUUGAGAGAAAAACUCAAGGGGACUUUAAAUAUGCUGAAAAGUUUUACAAAUAAUGAAAUGGAAUUAGAAGGAAUUUACGAAAAAAUUAAUCACCUUAAUGCCAUGUCAAUUAGUAUUCAAUCAAAUUUUCAAAAUCCGUUGAAGACCACCUUUGUAUGUGUUUGUAUCCCAGAGUUUUUAAGUGUGUACGAAACGGAACGCUUGAUACAGGAACUGACGAAGAAAAACAUUUCUUGUUACAACAUAGUGGUAAAUCAGGUGGUGUUUCCUCUAGACUCCAUGACAGUGGAUGUGUCCCAUUGUGAAGGUCUUCUCAAAAAGAUUAAGGAUAAACAAGUUCAAGAAUCAUUUAGUAGCCUUGUACAGAAAACUAAGGAACUAGAGGACGUAUACAUAUCGAGGAGAAAGCUGCAGUCAAAGUAUCUGACUCAGAUAAAAAAUCUCUACGGUAAUGACUUUCACAUCGUCUGCAUGCCCCAACUGAAGAGCGAAAUACGGGGACUAGAAAAUAUCUCCAACUUUUCGGAAAUGCUUUUGGAGUCUAAGGAAAUUCCGAUAUACCGUUGA